AUGUCCAGACCGCGUUCUUCCCGAACCCGACCUCAUCCUCAAUGCGAUACCGAGUGUCUCCAGGAGUUUUUCUUCAAGGCCAGACUAGCUUGUGCGCAUAAUCCGAUGCCUCGUCUUAGCCAUCGCAAGUCUACAACUGGCUGCCUUAGAUGUAAAGCACGAAAGGUUAAGUGUGAUGAGAGGCGACCAAAAUGCAGCCAUUGCUCUCGCCAUAAUAUAUCGUGUGAAUAUCCUUCUCUCGUUACACGCAUAUACAGCCCCGGUCAGCCAAGAACCGGAUCAACAAACGCAAGUCAGACACAUCAUGGGAGACCACGGCCGAGUCUACCUUCCCCGGAAUUUGGAGGCAGGCGUGUCCUCGAGCUGCGCAUCAUGCACCAUUGGAUCACUGCAACUGCAGACACAAUGAGCUCCGCUCAAUUAACACCUGUUCGCGAGAUGUGGAGCGUCUCGGUUCCCGAAAUGGCAUUCGAGUAUGAGCCACUUCUUCACACUUUACUCGCCCUUGGCGCGGAACAUCGUGCGACAUUGCUUCCAGGCGAAGCACUCUCCCUGCGACCUGUAUAUCAUGGGUACAUUGACUCAGCUCUCAAAGGGCAUCGGCCUGUGACGGCACGACUUGACGGCAAUAUAAGCGAAUCGGUCUGUCUGAAUGCUGUCUUGAUAUCUUUGUACACCCUAUUUUUGCGGUCAGAAGGCACUCCGAAGCCGUAUGAGCCCCCGCUUCUAUGGUUAUCAAUGGCACGUGGCAUCAGAACAGUCGUUAAGGCUGUUUAUCACCAAUUAAUGGCGUCGGGUUCACGCUUAUGCCCCUUAUUUGUUGCACAGCCGACACUGUGGCAACAGGAACCAAGCGACUCUGAUGAAAGCUCUGCUAAGGCCUUCCAUUAUCUUUUGGAAUACCGCAAAGAGGAGAUGACAGACACAGUUGGGAAUGCUUAUUGCGGUGCUGUAGAUUAUCUUGGGAGCUUAUAUUCUUCUGUCCAAGGUAAACAACCGGAAUUCGUCAUCCGUAAGAUUUUCAACGGGUUCCCACCUGUUGUUCCCAAGCUCUUUCUUGAUUUUGUCGUCGAGAAACGACCGCGAGCUCUUGCAAUCCUCGCACAUCUGUUUGCUCUGGCUAAGAGUGUGGAUAAUAUCUGGUGGCUACGUGGAAUUCCAGAACAAGAGGUGCGAGGUAUCGACAGUAUAAUGCCUGCUGAUUGGAAAUGGGCUUUGUCGUGGCCUCUCGCGAUUAUCUCAAAUCCUGCGAAUGAAGCAUCGUCUUUUUUGACUAUGCGGAGCGUUAUCGAUACAUUGUCUUAA